CAUUUCCGGUUCCAAUAUGGCCGUCCCGGCUGUGGCUUGAGCGCGCCGCUGCUUGUUUCAAUCCCCGCGGCUUUCUUCGCUCGCUGUGACGUGUUAAAGGGCUCGACGGAAAUUAGGACGGAAGCAGUUCCAAGAUGGCGAACCGUACGGUGAAGGAUGCGCAUAGCAUCCAUGGCACCAACCCUCAGUAUCUGGUGGAGAAGAUCAUUCGGACGCGAAUCUACGAGUCCAAGUACUGGAAAGAAGAGUGCUUCGGGCUCACGGCUGAACUUGUAGUUGAUAAAGCCAUGGAGUUAAGGUUUGUUGGUGGUGUCUAUGGAGGCAACAUAAAACCAACUCCUUUUCUGUGUUUGACAUUGAAGAUGCUGCAGAUCCAGCCCGAGAAGGAUAUCAUUGUGGAAUUUAUAAAAAAUGAAGAUUUCAAGUAUGUCCGCAUGCUGGGUGCACUUUACAUGAGACUGACAGGCACUGCCAUUGACUGCUACAAGUAUUUAGAGCCUCUCUACAAUGACUACAGAAAAAUCAAGAGUCAGAACCGUAAUGGGGAGUUUGAACUGAUGCACGUAGAUGAGUUUAUUGAUGAACUACUACACAGUGAGAGAGUCUGUGAUAUCAUUCUGCCUCGGCUACAGAAACGUUACGUGCUAGAGGAAGCUGAGCAGUUGGAGCCUCGGGUUAGUGCUCUGGAAGAAGACAUGGAUGACGUGGAAUCCAGUGAAGAAGAGGAAGAGGAAGAUGAGAAGUUGGAGAGGGUCCCAUCACCUGAUCACCGCCGGAGAAGCUACCGAGACUUAGACAAGCCCCGGCGCUCUCCCACUCUGCGUUACAGGAGGAGUAGAAGCAGGUCUCCUAGAAGACGGAGUCGAUCUCCCAAGAGGAGGAGUCCCUCCCCUCGACGAGAAAGGCAUCGAAGCAAGAGUCCAAGACGUCACCGAAGCAGAUCCCGAGAUAGACGCCAUAGAUCCCGCUCCAAGUCCCCAGGUCAUCACCGUAGUCAUAGACAUAGAAGUCAUUCAAAGUCUCCUGAAAGAUCUAAGAAAAGCCAUAAGAAGAGUCGAAGAGGGAAUGAAUAAUGGAUUCUGUUUGUUUUUAAUCCAAAUGACUUCCUAUUGAAUUGAAGGCGUCUAUGUGGAAGAAUUAAGAAAUACUCCAUAGGCAGCUACUUUUUUAACCAAGUUUCUCACUUUUUUUUUUUUUCAAGGGAAAGAGGUGGUGAGGUGCUUGUUAUUAUAAUUGGGUUUUUUUGUUGUUAUUGGUUUUGGGGCCACACCCAGCGGUGCUCAGUGCUUAUUCCUGGCUCUGUGCUCAGGGAUCACUCCUGGAGGGGUUCAAUGAACCACAUGGGGUGCUAGGAUCAAAGCUGCUUGCAUGGCAAAGUGCCUCCUAGCUCUCGUGCUGAGGUUUUUAUUCUUAAUAAGGGUUACCCCUUAUUUGAGGAGGGGCUGCUUUUGGCACCAACCUUGACUUUACCCAGAUUUGAGGAUACAAUUUUCAGUGUGGAGGGUAAGACUGAACAAGAGAUGUGGUCACCAAGUGAUUCUUUCAUUAUUAAUAUGACAUACCCAUAUCCCACUUUUCUAUACUUUUAGAGUUUUGCUUCAUUCUGAGAAAACUGAGAUUUGUAUUGCUGUUGUUAGGUUCAGGCAUAAAUCAAUAGUAGAAUUUUUUUUUUUUCAGUAGUAGUUGACUGGAAAUAAAAGCUGAUUAGCUACAGCGUGGAGGAGAGAAAACAUAAGAAGUAAGGCACUUGACGUUAGCAUAUGGUCAACCUAAUUUCAUCCCCAGCAGCAUAUAUAGUCCCUUAAGUACCACCAGUGAUAAUUCCUCAGCAGAGCCAGGAAUAACUUCCAGCACCCAAACAAAAAAUAUUCAAAAAAAAGAUUUCCUCUGGAUUUUGUUCAAGAAGCAGCAAAAUUUAAUACCUAUUAUAUAGGAUUCUCAUACAGUGUUUCUUUUUACCUAGAAGUCUUCAUUUCCAGGUUGUAUCGUUCAGAUUUUUCCUAAAGCAGUGACAUCCAAGUCUAGUCAGUAGCAACAAGACAACAAAACUGGAAAGUUUGAGAAGGAGAAUGAAUAGUACGAAUCACGGUCUUGACCUCAACUGCUGCACAAUAGUAUUGCUAUUUACAGUCAUAGAUUUUAGUGUGAAGAAACAAGGGGCAGGUAUUGAGUUUCAGUGAUAAUGAAAAUGGUAUGUUCAAUGUAACAAGUGUUGAGUCAGCAGUUUGGGGAUAAUGCUCCGUGACAGAGUGCUGGCCUUGUUUGUGAGAGCCCUUGGAAUCUAUCUCCAGCACCUAAAAGAAUAAUAACUUUGCAACAAUCAGCCAGAUAAGGCUAGGCAAUUGGAAAUGAGGGCUGGAGUGCAGCAUAGUUAGCUAGACCUGAAUUGAUAAUGUUUAGGUAAUUACUGAAGAUGUAGAAUUCAUUACGAUUCUAUGCCAGGGAGUGUCUUAAGGGUCAGAGAGUGCUGGGGUUAAAGUGCUGCCUUGCAUGUAAUCUCUGGCAGUGCAUGGGCCCCUGAGCACAAGUCAUUCCUCUGCUUCACCCCUCAGAAAAGAUUUCCUGGAGGAGAAUGGGUAAUUUUUUUCCUCCCUGAAAGUAAUGUUUGAAUCUGAUCUAAGAAUACAGAGAAAAGUAAAUGAACUCUCCAAUGGGUACAGAUAAUCAAGGAAUAGAAAUCUUUGCUAAAAAUUUCAUUUAUCUAACUUUCCUCUUUUAAAGAGAGAAAAGUAAUCAAAUAACUUUUUAAUAAUCCAACUACACCAGCAGUAACUGUGAAGACCUUCCAACAGGUUUCAGUUUGAGAAGUGAUACAGAAAACUUUUGCAGAAAUAUUAAGUACAUUGGGGGAUAUUUAAGUUUCAUAUUCUUCCAUGACUGACUGAUAUGUGAGCUAAUAAAAGAUGUUCCUAAGAGCUAUGGUGACUUUUAAUAUAACUGUGAGACUACUACUCAAAAUAUAAAUGCUUCUACUUACAUGUUUAUAUAUGCUUAUUUUUCUUUAAAAACAGAUGAUGGGGUAGGAAGAGAAUUUAAAGGACUUGGACUAGAGUGCAUGCUGUCCCAGAACCCUGGGACUACAGGGUUCCCUGAACACUCCAGGAGUGGUCCCAAGGACCGACUGCCAGGAAUGGUCAAAAAGAAAAAUUCUCUGGGGCCAGAGCAAUAAAGUACAGCACGGAGGGCAUUUGCCUUGCAUGCAACUGACCAGAGUGAACCCCUGGCAUCCCAUAUGGUCCCCUGAAUACCAGAAGUAAUUUGUGAUUGCACAGCCAGGAAUGCCUAAGCAUCGUUGGGUGUGACCCAAAGGACAAAAAGGAAAAUUCUCUGAAAUAAUCAGGACACUAAUUUAAAAUAUUCUAUGAAUGCAAGCAGAGAAGUUAUGUAGAAAACAGGCAAGUCACCUAGAAAUUCUGAAAUUUCUCUAUCCCACUGUUCCCUUUUCAGGAAAAAACACUCAGCACACACUAGAAAUCAAACACCUUUAAGCAAAGGUGCCCGCAAGAGUUCUGGUUCCCCACCCAAGGUAGAGGAGGUAACUCUUGCUCUGGGAAAUACUGGUUACUCAUGUAAUUUCAGAAGGUAAUGAAGUCAGGUAAACUGCCAGGAAGUUAAUAUGCAGCCAGAGUUGUCUUUUGAAAAAUAAGCGAGAAGGGCCAGUGAGCACAGAAAAUAAAAGGUUCUUACACCAGCAUUGCACAUUUGGUCUCUUGAGGAAAGAGACCAGAUAUGCAGUGAACACUGAACACUGGCUGUGGCCCCAAAACUAAAGAACAGACACUUCAAGUAUUCAAGUGCUUUGUAAAAACGUAACUGGGGGAAAAAAAACAGUUGCCUAACAAAGUUCUAGGUUGGUAAAGCAGCUUAAAAGGAGUAAUAGUGAACACAUGAGAACUUUAAGAUGGGAAAUAAAUGAGAGUCUCUUGGGGAAAAGUUUAAACCUCAACAUUAUUUCACUUUUAUGUGUUGUACCCUUUUGUUAAAUUCAAGUGUGAAAAAAUGUAACAAAAAGCCUACUUUUGAAAAAUUAAACUUUGAGUAUGUAUGCAUAAGAACA